CCAAGAGGUUUUGUUUUCUGUGAAAAAGUAUGUCUCUAUAUGCUUGCUCCAGUGACAGAGUUACCUGCACCAUUGUCCUACUUCCAGAAUGCACAGAUGUCUGCAGACAACCACCUGAGCAAUACUAAUGACAGCAGAGAAUGGCUUGAGCACAGCAGCCAAAGGUGGAGGCGUGGCAACCCUGAGCCAUUAUCUAAUGGACGACCCCAGGGUAACUCAGGGCAGGUGGUGGAACAAGAUGAAGAAGAAGAUGAAGAACAGACUUUGAAAUAUGGCGGCAAACAUGUGAUCAUGCUCUUUGUCCCCGUGACUCUCUGUAUGGAGGUGGUCAUGGCUACCAUCAAAUCAGUCAGCUUCUAUACCCAGAAAGGCUGCAAAGGACCAGAGACAUCAACACAAGCAUGA